AUGGCAUCGAGAAAGUUUUGUCUCAAGAUGAAUUUAGCAAGUCGAAUUGAAGGCUGGCUGAAUGUGUGGGAUCUAGACAGUCAUUUAGAGUAUAGAUUAUUUAGUGAUGGAAACCAACCUACACCCAAUUGGGAAGCCAAAUAUAUGGUUUUAUUGACUGAUAUUUCAUCUUUAUCAUGCCAUGACAGUGAGGAGUCUGCCAACCAGAUAAGAUACCAGACCUACCCUAGAUUGAGACUAGAUGGUGGAAAGGAAGAGUUUGAUAAAAGAUGGGGCUAUGAAACAUUAGAAUCUAUAAAAGAAAAUGCUUUUCAACAUACUCCAGAAGGAUUUUUCUUUGUGUGUCCUAUAAGCUUACAUUUCAGCUAA